AUGGGGCGUAGAGUGAUAAAUGCAUUAAUUGCUGAGCCCAUCCGCAAGCUUCACGUCAUCAUCUCGGCUCAGGUCUGUUUGAUCCUUUGCCCCCCAGACAGCGACAUGAAUAACGUCGACGUACCAAAUGACAAUCCGGAGCUUCCAGAUAUCAGCUCCGUUGAUACUGCGCAGUCCGCUCCUCGGGCCACUGCAUUGCCCUACAACAAUGAGAACCUGACUUCGCUAUGGAACUCGUGUCUCGAAGAUAUAGGACGUUGUGUAAACGCCGCCGAAGUCGCCGCUGAAGCCGAUAAGUUGCCCACCCGAGCUCACUUUGAAAUUAUUCAAAGCAGAAUGCGUGAGCAUCGGCUUCGUCUUAAUAUAUGGGUAUCAGAUUGCGUAGCUGAGGGCGGAUCAGUUGAUGCGAUUACGUCAGAAACGGAACCAGAUCUCUUUGCUGUUCUGGUAAUAAUUCGCGAGAACAUCAAGAAGGAGACGGAAACUAUUCUGGCAAACAUUCAACAAAUGGAAAGGGAAGCAAAGAAAGGCAAUAAAGUGACUGACGAGAACCUGACCUUCUCACUUUACAACCUGGCAGAGCUUCAAGAUACGGUCCAGAUGGCCAUAGCAAUCCGAUGUAGGCGAGGACCCGAGGCAGCAAUUUAUCGGGCUAUAAGAAAAGUGGGAGCCAACUUUAAGGACGAUGACGAGUUUUCCGUUUCAAGUGACACUGGCGAUGAUGCUUCGCAUGUGUCUCGCGAUGAUGCUUCGCAUGUGUCUCGCGAUGAUGCUUCGCAUGUGUCUCGCGAUGAUGCUUCGCAUGUGUCUAGCGAUGAAAGAUGUUCAGAAUGCCAGUCAAGGCUCCCAUGGUAUGCAAUGCCUCACCACAAAAAUGCCUACCACGAUACCUUUCAUUCUCGUCAAAGUUGUAGCCAAGCCUCGUCUGUGGGCAUGACCACGCCAGAGACCAGCCCGAAGGUUCCAAGAGCCAUACCCCCCUCGACACGUUUCCCAGGAGGUCCAGAAUGGCAGCCUCCCGGUACUAAGGACCAAGACCCAUUCCCUGACACGGGAAGCCGCACGAUGUUUGGCUUAGUCAUGAGCGCAGUCCAAUCGUUCGUGAAUGUCGCCGCGAAGGCGGCCUAUAGUAGUGUCAGGAUAGGCUACAAAGUGGUAAAUGACAUGAACAGGGCUGGGACGAAAAUUGUUGCAGAUACUGUCUGCACCACCCUGAAAGUCGGAGGAUAUUUUUCCUCCACCUGGACGAAGGUUGCGGGAGAUGUGGUCGUUAUCCUAUCCAGUACCCUAGCCAAGGUGCUAUCUCAACUGGUAAACAACCAUUUGUCGACAGUGGGCCUCAUUACUACGGAUGCUAAGACUAAGACUACAACAGCGGUCCGGGCUGCGGAUUGGCAACUGACUACUCAAGCCGCUGAUGUCUUCCUCAAGUAUGCGGUAAAUGUGUUCACUGCUGCAGGCCACACGGCGGUAGUUGAUACAAUCUUGCAAGUGGCACACCGCUCCCUUCAGGCCACGACUCUGAUGCUUAGCGGGGCAGGGCUUAUCUUGAGGGGUAUAUUGACGAAUGAUAUCAACGAAGAUACCCUCAUCUUCAUCCUCAACCACCUACACGAUUUGCUGGGCUUCCUAUACGACUUAGUGAAACCAGGGAACGUUGUCCCCGCGCACCUAGGCGAUUAUGUGAUUAAGAAAGGACCUGGAGAAGUAGAGGAGUUUCCCGGUGGGAAGAACCCAUACAACGAGUUCGAUCUUUGGAAGGAACAAAACCGAUAUGCCAUUGCCUACCAGGUGCAACGGGUCGGUUUGACGUUCAUCAACAUCCUCCAAAUGGGCAGGGAAACGUCACCGUGUGGGCUAGAUAAUCUUGCAAUGAACGUCAGGUUAUCAAGUGACUUUGACGCGAAUGGCAAUUCCCCGCCACCAAUCUACAUCUCCAGGCUUAAAGAGAAGUUGGAAUCGCCUCGUAAUGAGAAAUGGCUAUUCAUCAACGGUAUAGCCAACGAGUUGACCUGGUUCCAGCGCUCGUGCGAUAAGAUCCGUGACACUUUCAAGAGAGAAGUCCACGGUAUCUAUAAUAGAAGUGACGGCAUCUUGUGUGACUUCAUAGAGUGUUGCGGAGAACGCAGCGCGGUCAAAAAGAGGUCAAACGAGCUCAUUGAGCGCACACAGAGCAGCAAAGCCGCGCAGGAGUGCCUCGAGAGGGAGCUCACCGACGCUCUAUGGCCUACUGAUAGCAGCGCCCCAGACAAAGUGAUUAUGAUCGCCCAUUCUCAGGGGUGUCUCAUUCUACGGCUAGUGCUACAAAAGCUAGUGAGCGAGAAUCCGGUGGAAUCGCAGAGGAUGAGAGAUAUGAAGAAAAAGCUGAGAGUAUUCACUUUUGGUAACCCAAGCAUUGAUUGGCUCGCUAUCGGCGACCCAGCACAGUCUUUGGGUGAGUACGCGAGUGUUACUGAGCAUUUUGCUCAUGAAGUAGACUUUGUGGCCAGGCUAGGGAUUGUGACGCACUCUGCUGACCCGGGCUCGGGCUAUGAUGUGGAUUCAAUUUUCUACAGCAAAAAGGGAAGUGGACAUCUAUUUGGGGCGCAUUAUCCUCUGGCGGAAAAUGCAUAUAUCAACGCAGGGAGGUCCAAGUUGUUGAGCGCAGUUAAUGGAAGAGCCAUGCAUUGA